AUUUUUAUUUUUAUUUUUAUUUUUUUUGGUCUUGUUGUGAUGCAGUGUCACAUUGCCGAAUACGAUGCGCGACCGAUCCACACUUUUAUUAGUGAGGGUGUACAGAAACCAAGAGCGGCUCAUCCAUCUCGCUCACUUCCAAAUAACCGGAGAAAAAAAAACGUGCGUUUGUGCUUCAAGCGUUUUUUAGACGAUUGGCUGGCCACACUUUUGUUUCCAUCUACAUAACACCCUCCCUUUCCCCUACUCUGCCUCCCUUUUGCUUUAUCUCGGUUUCCAGUUACGUUUCGUCGUUUUUCUUUUUUCCUUCUUGUUCCAGCUUUUUCUUUUUUGGAUUAUCCUUCUUUUUUUUUUUCUCCAAACCGUCCUCGCUCCCGUUACCGUCUUUUUGCAUACGUUACACAUCCAAUCUAAUCUGUAUUAACCCAUAUAUCUCUUUCAACUCGGCGAAAGAAAAAUGUCCAGAUCUCUGACAAUCAACACACACACCGAUCGACUGGACCCACCGCUUCACAGCUCUCAAAGACCACGCAGCGAUAUUCACAUGCCUCGUGACGAUUCAUUUAAACAAUCACGAUCGGUCAGUACCGUUUUUGAAGAAGACGAAGAAGAAGACGCCGACGAUCAGGCCGACUUGGACGACCUGGACGACGACGACCUGGACGACGAUCUUGACACUGCAGACGACGACAGCUCCACUUUUACUUCGUCGCCUAGCAUCCCCGAUUCAAAUAUCGAUUUUGAUCUCGUAUAUGCGUUACAUACGUUUGUCGCCACUGUGGAAGGGCAAGCGUCAGUGGUCAAAGGCGACAACCUGACCUUGCUCGAUGACUCCAAUUCUUACUGGUGGCUUGUACGAGUGCUAAAGACAACCGAAGUAGGUUAUAUUCCUGCCGAAAAUAUCGAGACUCCUUACGAACGUUUAGCGCGCUUGAAUAAGCAUCGAAAUGUGGAGAUGACUUCGCCAGAGCAGUUACAGCAUUACGUGAAUCUGACGGCAACUCAGGCUUCUCAGAAAAAGAGAAAGAAAGUAGCUGUAAACAAGGAAAUUUAUUAUCAAUCACAAAUCAUUUUGGUGGGCGAAGAUGAAGAGGAAGCGUACGAAGAAGAGUACGAAGAAUGGGAAGGUGAUAUGGACGAUGAUGCUACUUUGUCUGACACGGCAAGUCAAAAUGAGCAUGAACACGUUAAUGAUACGCAAAAAACACAAACGGUUGCACAACCAAGCACGGGUAUUUCCACGAUUGAAUCAACGCCAACAUGCGCAACCACAACAAUCACAGCAACAGGAACAGGAGCCUCUUCGCCUGCAGCCGUCAGUGUCACCCAGCAAGGCAUAUAUUCAAAACAACCAGAUGCACUUGUUCGAACCAGUUCCUCGGCUGAAAAAGAACGGUCAACGGGAGCUUUACGGCGCUUGUUUUCACGAGGCAAGAGAGAUAAACUAGACAAGCGCGACACGGAUACGGGCAACCACGUGGCCCAGACUCCCAAUACAGGAUCCGGUGUAUCACUUUCGACGAAUUCUUCCGAUGAUACGCCAAGAGAUCCACCUUCCCCUUCCGCAGCCGCCAAUACCCAGCUCACAGUGCUGCGUGUCUUUGCAGGCAAUAUCAAUGUUAGCGCCACCUUCAACACUGUUCUCGUCGACAACCACACCAGCGCCGAUCAACUACUGAAACAAGCCAUGGAUCGAUUCCGCAUCCUCGAAACAGGGUCGACCCAGUCCUCGUCCAAUGGAGUUGAAUAUUAUCUCACCGUCAAAGCAAUGGAAGGAGAUGAAAUUACGCUUGCGCCUCAAGAUAAACCCUUAGCGAUCUUCCAGUCAUUAACUGCGCAUUUAACCACACCCAUGCCAUCGUUAACGCACAUCAAACAAUUAUCACAAGAGUUCUCAACUGUGGAAGUGACACGGGUGGGAGUGACCAAAGCGCGACAACGUGCCAAAUCACGAUUUGGCGAAGAUUCCGUCAUCCGAUUCUAUCUCCAUAAACGUAUCAAACGAGUCAACGAACGCGAUGGUCAAUUGUACGUCAAAAUUUCAUACUGUGACGAAACGCCAUUGUCCCCGUACAGUCAAACACGAUCCAGUUUUUCCGCCAAAGCGCUCAGACGGAAAAAGAACGCCAAAUCCAACCAUCGUCAGGAACGCAUGGAUAAACUGGUAGCGGUCCCUGCCAGUAUUCUGAUGUCAGACCUCACCAGUGUAGCCAUUGAUAAAUUUCAUUUAAAUGGCAUAGCUACCAGCCGAGACCGAUUCACGAUGAGCUUGGUCGUCCAUGAGAAUGAGUAUUCAUUGAAUGCGUCGAGAAAAUUGAGCGAAGUUCUGAAUGACGGACAGUUAAUACCCAAGGGCACCAUGGAACGGUUGUUUGUGUUGCGACGCAUCGGUUCAAAAUCGGAACCGGAGCCGCAAUUCAAAUCAAGGGUACGGUCCAUGCUACGGCAAGAUAGUGGGUCUCCACGAUCCUCCAGCGUGAGUAAAAUAGUGCCUGAACCGGAUUCCAAGCAUCGUGGUCCAUCUCAUCAUGACAGUUACUCUUUCACCUCUUCCUCCUCCUCGUCUUUCUCAUCCACUCUCGAUGAUCUUCGCCACCCCAAAUCGGAUCUCGGAUCCAACACACAACAAGUCUUGAAACGACUGGAUGUGGCCAUUUUAUCCUUGGAAAACGAUCGAUCAAAGGACGGAAAGACGAAAAAGCAUAAAGUGACUCCCACCCAUAACAUGGUCAAACUCACCAGCCUCCCGCAAAGCAACCAGGACCAAGCGGCCCGAGAAUGCCAUCACUCCGAUCCCAAAAAUCAUCCCAAUCGUGAACUUUUCGGAACCCCUCAACUUCCUACCGCGAAUUUUUCAAAUCUUGACGAACUUGAAAAGGAGUUACAGAACAUCAUUGCUGCGCAUGCUUUUUAAGUAGUACUUUAUUUUCCUUUCCUUACUCCUGUACUCUCUUUUGUUUCCAUUCAUUUACAGUAUUUCCGUUCAUACAUCUUAUAACUUAGUAUUCCCGUAUUUAUAUUCUGCAUCUAGGACUGUAUGGUAAAAAGAGAAAAUCGAUUCAUAGUGCUACUGACACUGUAAUUAUUGUUCCAGAGAUGGGAUGUAGAAUGAUUUCUUCGUCCAUCCAGUGACUGCAUUCCAGAACAUCAAGACUGAAUUUUAAAAA